UUGAAUAUUUCAAGUGGUGUGCAAAAAAGGCCUCCACACUAACACCUCCUCCCACUUUUUGGACACUACAAAUUCUCACCCGAACCUUCAUUCAUCUCUCAUCUUCAUUCAAUCCUCUUUCUCUCUCAACUCUCAAAAUUCCUCUGUUUUCUUCCAAUUUUCUCUGCAUCCAAACACCAAUUUUCUUGGCAUUUUCUUUUCUUUGUAGUAAAAAUGGCAACUGUAGUUUGCCAAGGUUUACAAUCUUGUCUCGAGUCACAGAUUGUCGAAUCAAGAACACUCACACUCAGAUUAUGCUCAUCAAAAUCUUUCGAUUCUACCAAUAAUAUACAAGCUAAUUCAGUUCAGAAUAAUCCUGACGCGGCCGGGGGCUGGAGUUUUCUUCAGGUUUUACCAAGCUCAUCAUCAAUGGAGAAUAAAGAAAAUAAUAAUGUUUAUGUUCAUCCGCUAAUUAAGCGUUACUCAUUAACGCUUAGUGAAAAAAGCUUGGAAUUAUGUACUGAGAAUUUAGGUAGUGAAACUGGUUCGACUGAUGUAAUCGAGCCCGAGAUCUUCACAUAUUCGGCUUCAGAAUCAGAAUCGGAAUUGGAACAAAAGCAACCUGAGAAGCAACCUAAGAAAGGGAAUUACAUUCGGAGUUUUCCGCCGCCGUUGACCACAAUGAGCGGAUCGGAAUCUUUACAGGUUCGUCCCCACCGCGAAGACGGAAGGUUGAUAAUCGAAGCUGUAGUGGCGCCACCGAAGCGUUCGUAUUUCCAAGCUGAGCGAAGUGGCGGCCGUCUUCGGCUGUGUUUUGUAGGAGAUUCUGAUUCAAAUAUCGACCCCGAAGAAGAAACGGAAUUUGAGGAUGAUGAAGAAGAAGAUGACGAGGUGGAAGAACAAAACGGUGCGUUUUAUACGGAGGAGAUGAGGAAUUGUAAAAAUCUGGAAGAACAGUUUCAAAGAAGAAGGUGCAAAGAAGAUGAAAUUGAGAAGAUUGGAUUGUUAAAUUGGGAGCCUUUUAAUUGGGUGGCUACAUCUUAAAGUUUUAUUUUGGAUUUCUCUUAUUAUAUUUUAAUUAUAAUAUUUACUUUUAUUUUUCUUAUUAA